GUACACUGUAGUAGCUCUCUUUAGAAGCUCUCUUAAAGACUUUAGCGUUGGUUCUUUGUUAAAAAUUUUAACUAUUACGAUAAUUCUCAAUUAAAAACAUUAUGAUCCAGUUAAGAUUCGUGUUAUAUUUUGCUUUUGCAAUAUUAACAAUUGUGCACCAUGACGUGGCAGCAAAUAGCAGCAGCUCGGAAGAAGCAAUUGAAAGUAAAGACAGGCGUUUCAUCAACGAAGCUUGCAAUGACUUGUCCACCUGUCUGGAGGAAAAAAAUUUACAUCUAUUAUCUUCCUGGUUCAUGCUGGGCGUCUCGAUUUUUCCACUGACGUACGAAAUACUACAAUUGGAAAAGAAAACAAAAAAAGCCUUAGAUGAAAAAAAACGGAAAGGGAUACGUCAAUUGUGUCCUGACGUUAUGAAAGACGAAGACUUUGAUGUGGUAAGAUACCGAGAAAAUUGUCGAGAUUGGGCAGACGAAUGUUUUAAAGAGUAUGUAUUGGAUAUCAUAUAUCCUAAUCGCAAAGGUCGAUCGCCCGAAAAACCACUUGUUGACCAGGCGGGUGACGUGGUGGACGGAGAGGGCGAAAAGAUUUAUUAUAAAUGGGAAUUCUUCCCAGGCGCUGGAAGCGAUUUAUUUACAAAAGAAACACCGGAAGCAACAUCUUCUGCUCAUCCUACUAGAAUUGUUCCCGUUAGAAGACGUCGAUAAAAAUUUCUCACCCUCGUUUACAAAUUUUAUGUGAAACCAAUUGCACCGACCCUAAAAAUGUUGCACUCCUGAAUUUAAAAGAAAAAAAAUUAUAAUAAUUAAGUUUUCACUGAGUUUUGAAUGAUAAUAUAAUUGCACAUAUAAAACAUGAAUAUUGCACACCUGAAAUUUAAAAUAAAUAACCAAAUUUCGGAACACACUGCAAUAUCAUAAUUGAUAUUUUUACAUUUAAUGUACUUAAAUUGCUAUAUUCUACACACACACUAUAGUAUUAUUGUUCUUUAUUAUUUUUAUUGUAUUAUGAGUUUUAUAUUAUUAUAGUGUUACCAUUUAAUGUUAUAUUUCUUGAACUUUGUUAUAAUAUCAUAUUAUCGUUCGCCAUUAUAUUUUAUGCACUUUGCAAA